UGCACUGUCUGCCACUAGAGACGCUUAUAAGUCUGCGGUUUUAUUUUCAAUCAUUGACGGUGGGUAGGUUAAGAUUUUCGAUGUGCCUAGAAAAACUUGGUGCGCUGCAUGCUCUCGAGUGCAGUCGACAGUCGAGGCUUUAUAAGACAGACGACGUCUGAAUUUUGAGGAUAAAUACAGUUCACAUUGUUAACAAUCAACAUUCGACUCGGAGCAAUUGACUGUGACUGACCCUAUCAUUUGUGCUUUGCUGUUUUCUCCCGUAACGAUUAAUGCAGUUCUUAAAUCGUGUAUGAUUUAAAUGUUGAAAAUUGUUUAACUUGUUAAAUCAAAAAUACCUUCAAAAUGCAGAGAUCAAGAAGUCGGAGCCCCAAAAAGAAAGGAAACUUGUCGCGAGAAGAAAUUUUGUUAGCUCAAUCAAAACAAAAGAAAUUUGAUUCACAAGCAUUGAAAAUUGUUGAGCAACUACUGGAGCCAGACAUUGAUCAUGAAUGGCUUUUAAAAAAUUUGAAAAAUAUUAGUAGAUGUCACAUGGAAGAUGUCAUUGAAGAGCGUGCUAUAUCUAAGUUGUGUGGCUAUAUUCUUUGUUCAAAUCCAUUAACAGAGACAAUUAAGCAGCAAUAUCGUAUUUGUUUGAGAAGUAAAAAAGUUUAUGAUGUUUCAAAAAGAAAAAAUUUUUGUUCUUCAAAUUGUUAUGGAGCAUCCAAUUAUCUACUUGAACAGAUGUUAACUAGCCCUCUAUGGGCAAGGGAAAAAGAAAAGAUCCCUAAUUUUACAAUUCUAAACAAAAAUGAUAACUUAAUAAUCAAUCAUGAUGAGAUAAGCUUUAAUAAUAAUUCAUCCACAAAUGAUGCAGAAGAAAAUAACGUGACGUAUUCUGAAACACUUGAGGAACAAGCUACUGGAAAUUUAGAACAAUUUGUAUUAGAGGCUCUUAAAAAUAUUGAUAAGAAUGAUGAUAACAAACAUAGUGCUACUGAAGAUGUUAGUGCAGAAAAUAAUACAACAUCUGAAAACAAAAGUUUGAAUGAUGAGAAAAACAAAAUAAACAGAGCAGAAAAUUUUUCAAAUGACAUUCAGGCAAAUGAUGAAUUAGCAUCGAAAAGAAAUAAUAAUACAAAGAAAAAAAGAGUACAUUUUGCUGAACCCAUAAAUGAUUUUCAGGAUAAUGAAUCAUCAGAUGACGAAGUACUCGAACAGCAUGUUUAUUUUACUGAUGACCAAACACAGAAAGAGGAAAAUCAAAAACAAAAUCAAAUUGCUACAAAAAUUGAGUCCCAAAAUGAUGUAAUAAAUAAUGAUUCAGACGAUGAUCUAGUUGAACAAACAAUUUAUGCUGUAAAUAAUAAUUCUGACGAUGUCGUUCAAAAUGAUCAUCAUUUACACACAAGUUCAGAUAAAAAUGAUUUGGAAAGCUCUUUACAAAAUGAAAAUACUUUAGAAAGUGAAUCUGAUUACUAUGAUAACGAAGAGCAAAUUCAUAUUGGAGAAAGUAGUGACAAUGACACAAUUGGUCAAACUUCAGAAGAUGAUGAAAAUGUCAUUUAUGAAGAAAGUACUGACAUGUAUGAAAAAAUUUUGUCAUCAUUUGAUACUCCGCCAAGUAAAGACAAAGAAAAUUUAAAGACAUCUAAUGACUUUGAUUCACAUUGCUCACCAUCUGUGGAAGCAAAUAAAUUAGUAACUCAAGAAAUGAAUAAUUCAUGCAAUUUAGAGGCACAGCUUGCAUCAAAAAUAAAAAAAGACAGUGUUACAGAUGAAAUAGCAAAUAAUAAUGAUGAAAACAAUCCAAAUAAUAAAUCCAUUAAUACAGUUAAUGAUGAAAAAAUUAUUGUUGAUCAAUUAUUGACUAAAAAAAAAGAUAAAAUAAAUCAAACAAAAACAAAAAAAAAGAAAAAACGCUCAGAGCUCGAUGCUACCUUUACUUCAAGUUUAGCGAAAAGAGUAGAAAUUAGUUUUCAUGAGUGGGUUCAAGAAGAAACUAAAAAUUUCCUUUUUGGGGAUGAAUCUAUCAAACAAAAAGCUAUUGAAAUGAUUGAAAGGCAAGAAAAAUAUUCUAUCUUGUGUAAAAAAUUGAAUAAAUUACAGUUUGAUGAUGAAUUGGAAGAUGAAAAGUGUCUUGCAAAGCCAAAUUUAAAACCAGCUCCACAUUAUUCUAUUUUAAAAGAAGAAGGACAGAAAAUUGAUAUCAAGGUCAGAGCAUUUUAUCAAGGUAAGCUUACCUUUGAUGAAUAUGAACCAUCUCCCUCGGAAGAAACAGUUGAAGAUACUAAUACAUUUGUACCUUUGACUGAAGCACAUGCACCCCAGGCAUUGAGAAGAAAAAUAUUUUGCGAAAAACUUGACCACAUAUUGCCGGAACUUCUGCGAACCUUAGGAGGUAAUUCUGAAGCAUCAAUCAGAACAAGUUUAAAAUAUACUAGUGCUAAAAGCAAGAUUGUUAAAGCACUUGUGCACACAUUUGCUUUGUCUGCUAAAAAUAUAAUCUUCAAAACUGCUGAAUGGACUUUAGUAGGACUUAUAAUAAUAAAAAUGAUCAGUUUGUUGGACUCUUGGCUUCUGAAAUUUCUUUCAACUCAGCAAGCUAAAAUGUAUCUUACUAUGAUUUUGACUUCAUAUCAAUUAGAAGCUAACUAUUUGACAUAUUUUGUCAAUUCCUUAAAUACAAGAUGAAACUUUUAAAAGAUAGAUCUUAUUAUUAAAUUUGA